CCUUUGCAUGUAUACGCUUAUAAAAGCGUAUAAGGUCGGACUUAUUUUUAAAAUACUUGCGGAAAAUACCAGCAUUUUACGUUGAUUUUUUUCCAAGGAAGUAAUACCACAAUUAUAAAAAAUUCAAAUUGAGCUGCUGUUUACUUUUUUCAUAUUUAUCUGUGUGCCAAAUAGUUAUGGUGUAAAUUUUUGGAAGCAUAAAUUGUUAUUCUAGAUUAGCUUUUCCAACUCCGCUGCAAAACAUUUUGCAAAACUUUAAAUAAAGCUGAUAAAAGAGAGUGCCCUGAUGGUCACAUUGUUUUUUUUCGGUUUCGGAUUUAACUUUAGACUGAUUGAAUAUGGACUCAAAUAACGACCUUUCCGAGAACUUUGACGACCAGUCCGUCGAAAUGACAAAAUGGGUUUGCCCUGGCCGUUAUUUCUACAUCGGGUGCGCCAUUGUCGGUUGCGGUAUCAUUUAUUCGAAAUCGUGGCCGGCCGAAAAGUUGGUUUUAAACUUUUGCUCUGCUCUUGGAUACGCUUUUCUAUCAUUUUGGGGACAUACGAUUCUGCAACAUUUCGAUGUUGCGAUGUGGUUCGCGAUUCUGACAAUCGCCAAUGUCGGCAUACUUUGUUAUCGGCUUCACGAUUCGUUCGAUGCUUUGAAAGCGCCUAGUGUGAAUACGAUGCCGCUUUACGAGAUGUUGUUUGCGCCUAUGAACGUGGAUUUCAAGACGUUCAAGGAACUGAUGGCUUGCAGCAAUGGACUUCAAACCAUAGAGGCCAAUGACCUUUUUGCGGCUGAAGGUCAGAGAAAUGCGGGAGCAGAGCUGUCUGUUCUGCUCAGUGGCAAACUAGUGGCCACACAGAAUGAACAAACCCUGCACUCUAUCAUGCCGGGUCAGUUCAUGGACUCGCCCGAGUGGGAAGCAUACGACCCUGAGACCAAGCGCACCUUCAGGACGACUUACUACCGGCUGCCGGCCUACCUCGAGAGUGUCUUAUACAGAAGGGCUUGGGAUGUGCCACAUCCCGAACUGUUUGUGGCAUCUACGGAUCUCUUCCUUCAGUUGGAAGAGUGUCCUGACGAAGAAGGAGCAGAACACUUUCUGCAAAGAACGGAGACAUGGCUCUGGAAGGACAAGGUGGAAACAAUGACGGUGGAAUUCUGGGAGCGGUUCAGAGACCAAGUUGAGAAAGCAACUUCUUAUAGGAGCGAAUGUUUCCAGUUCUGGAUGGAGAAGUGUGAAGGCGCACCGUUUCAUCGGUACUCUCUUCAGGUGUUUCUUGAAUCCUUCAAGAAAAAAGUCAUCUUUGAUGACUUCGUCAAAGUACGGCAGUACUCACGAGACGACGUAGUCAACAAGCAUGUGGCAUGGCUUCAGAUGGAGGUAAAGCGAGCACUGAAGGAUGGAUCUGGAUUGAAGGCACUUGUGGAGUAA